GUCUACCACGUACCAGACUACAUGUACCUACUAGCUGAGCAGAGCUGCCUUCCGGUACCUACAUACCCUCCUCCUUGUUUCUUAGGUAAUCCCAUUUCUUCUCCAUUCAAGUUGGCUACCUACAGACUUCCAGUAGCUUGAGGUAUUGAUAUAUCCACUACUUACUAUACAGCAGCUUCUUUCUGUCUGUUCAGCUACAAGAGGAAGGAAGAGAGAGCAAGCGAGAGAAAGGGGCAAAAGGCUGUGGAAAAGGCCCAAGAGGAGAAGGGCAGAAUCAAGUUACCAACUUGUAUGCUGUGCGUACACUUUCCCGUCUUCCCUCUCUUACUGUCUGUCAGGUUUACGUAUCUAUCUAUCUCUAAUUCGUCCAUUGCGUGUGCUCCGGGCUGUCCUAUGCCUUGUCCUCGCAUGCAUAAAUCUACGUCGCCUGACUCUUACCUGCUUACUCCCUGCGUCCCUCGUGCUCGACGCAAGCCCCGUUGCUCGACAUACCCAUCUUUUCACUGGGUGACUUUUCCUGUAUUUUAUACAGAUUUUGAGGACUAAGG